AUGGCCCGAACACUUCCCUUCCUCGCCCUCCUGACAUUCACCUCCGCCCUUACGAUCACCUGCCCCAAGCCCGGCGACUUCAUCAACCCCGGCCUGCCACUGACGAUCACUUGGACCACCACUGCCGAAGACCCUGCAAGUAUCGACCUGGUGGCCAUCCAUCCUUCGCCAGACACACCCGACGAGUUCGCCGCGCGGACCCAACUGGGGUCCAGCGUCGCUUCAAGCGCGCAGAAGCUCGACCUCCCUGCUUGGUCGAUUCUGGAUUGGGGUGUGGGAUACACCGUGCAGGUCUCGGCGGCAGGAAACCCGAAUGCGGUCCUUGCAUCGGUGGCAGAUCUGAGCUUGGGUGGCGCGGUGGGUCAGGCGAGCACGGACGCAGCGGGCAGUGUAGUGGGAUUUAUCACUAGUGCGGCUGGUCCUGCCCAGGAAAGUAGCUUGACGGGAGCGGGUAAUCCAGCUAGUGCGACAGCAGCGCCGACAGGGACAGUCAGUAGUGUGCCAAUUCCCGCUGCCGCGACCGCGAUUGCGACAGAUUUGGCUUCGACGACGGAGAGCGUUGCAUCGGAGACGGAGACAAGCAGCAGCAGCAGCACGGCUAUGAGCUCAUCUACUUCGAGGGAAAGCACGAGCAGUACUGCAUCGGCGAGUGCAAGUGCGACUGAAGCGUCAUCCGCUGCUGUUGCGCCUGUGAAGGCAGUAGGCUCUAUCGCGGCAGCUGGGUGGCUUGGACUGGUGCUUGCUGCCGUGCUGGCUUGA